AUGAGGUGGGUUUUGCUUUCAAUUCCCAAAUCAUCAUUUUCACCUUCAAUUGGUGUUUGCCUAGCCCUAUGGUCUGAAAAAAGCUCUCCGAUUGAGCAAGUUAUUCAAUCUGCUGUUGUUCCUCGUUUUGUUGAGUUUCUAUUUAGGGACGAUUUACCUCAACUUCAGUUUGAAGCUACUUCGGCACUUUCAAACAUAGUAGCUGGAACUUCUAAGAACACUAAGGUGGCUGUGCGGGCAUUAGGAAACGUUGCCGUUGAUUCCCCUAUGUGCCGUGAUCUUGUUUUCAGUCAUGAUGCAUGUUGGGCAAUCUCAUAUCUUUCUGAUGGAACAAAUGACAUAAUCCAAGAGGUGAUUGAGGCAGGUAUAUGUGGCAGACUGGUGGAGCUACUUCUGCACCCAUCUCCUUCAGUGCUGAUACCUGUAAUUUGCACAAUUGGAAAUAUUGUAACUGGAGACGAUAUGCAGACUCAAGUAAUGUCGUCAUAA